UCAGUAUGUUGCCCCCGGCUCUGUCCGAUAAUUUUACCUCGAACGCGCCCCAUUCGCUGCUCCUUCCUCCCCCUCCACCGGCCGCCGCCAUGUUUCCUCGGGACGAGAAAUCGGUUAGAAACCGGAAACAGCUGCAGCGGCCACGUGAACCAUGAAACCUCGCGAAAAUUCCCUGGGGGGGGAGAGGAGGAGGAGGAGGAGGAGGGAAAUCCCGCGAGAGUUUGAACCGGAAGUGGCCGCAGAUCAGAGGGUGAGAGGUCAGGGAUGAUCAUGGCGGCUUGUAGAGAGCGAGUCGAGUUGAUUCGGAAUCGUGUGGUCCUUAAAGAGUUCGGGGUGCAGAAUGUACACACAACGGAUUUCCCAGGAAAUUACCCUGGGUACGACGACACGUGGAGCCAGCAGCGGUUUGAGGAGGUAAAACAUGAAGUGGGCACCGGGAGCAGCUUAGCCGUGUUACAGUGAAAAGGUUCCGGCUGAAUUUCAGGGUCGAUAUUGUUCGUUUGGAGGAAGAUACUCUAGAAUUUGACAUGGUUGGAAUCGACGCUGCGAUUGCAAAUGCCUUCCGCAGGAUCCUUCUUGCUGAGGUCCCAACUAUGGCUGUGGAGAAAGCAUUUAUCUACAACAACACCUCCAUUGUACAGGAUGAGAUUCUGGCACACAGAUUGGGGCUUAUCCCUAUCAAAGCAGAUCCACGAUUGUUUGAGUACAGGAGCACAGGGGAUGAAGAAGGCACAGAGAUCGACACUCUUCAGUUUCAGCUUAAAGUGAAAUGUACAAGAAAUCCUAAAGCACAGAAAGAUUCCUCAGACCCUGAAGAACUAUAUUUUAAUCAUAAAGUCUACUCCAAGCAUAUGAAGUGGGUACCAAUUGGGAACCAAGCUGAUCUCUUUGGGCAGGUUGACAUCCGACCUGUAUAUGAUGAUAUCCUGAUUGCUCAGCUCCGCCCAGGACAGGAAAUCGAUGUUGUCAUGCACUGUGUGAAAGGAAUCGGUAAAGACCACGCCAAGUUUUCUCCUGUUGCCACAGCAAGUUACCGACUUCUCCCUGAUAUAACUCUGCUGAGUCCUGUGGAAGGGGAUCUGGCAGACAAACUAAAACGCUGCUUCUCUCCUGGUGUCAUCGAGGUUCAGACAGUGAACGGGAGAAAAUUCGCAACAGUUGUAAAUGCUCGCUUGGACACCUGCAGUCGUGAGAUUUUCCGCCAUGAUGACCUCAAGAACCUUGUCCGUCUUGGCAGAGUUCGAGAUCAUUACAUUUUUUCAGUGGAGUCAACAGGAAUUCUUCUCCCAGAAGUGUUGGUGUCUGAAGCCUUGAAAGUGUUGAUGACAAAAUGCAGAAGAUUUUUGAAUGAACUGGAUGCAGCACAGGUAGACUGAACUUCACAGACCAGGUCCAGUUGAGUCUGGGCUGAGGACACUUUGAGGAACCAUUUGCUUGGGCAGAAGUGGCAGCGUGAUUCUGAUCACAGACUAUAUCUAAUUGUAUUACAGCAUCAUUGACGGAGUUCAUCAUUCAACUCCCCCCAAGUGCUGUUGAGGAUUGGCACUUGUAUAAGGCACCAAUGAUCUGUGACUUCUGUUAAUGAAUAUUAAUUUCUUCCAAGUAUUUAUCCCCAUGAGGGUAUGUAAAUAUGUUACAAUAUUAAAGAUGUAAUGCAUCAGUCAUAAUCUUU